UUUCUAGGGUUCUAUGUCGGCUAUUUAUUAUGGUGUAAUCGUAUUUAUUCAUAAUCUGUUGGGUAUGCUGGUGUAAGUCUUCGUAAUAUGGUAUACUUAUGAAGUGUUUCCUAAUUGCAAUGUGGGGGUAAAUUUUCUUCAAAAGUUGUUUUCUCUUUAUAGAAGUGAGAAUUUGGUCAAUGUAUUCUCUUGUAUACUGGUUGUCGUUGCCUAUUUGAUAUAUCAUAUUUAUUUCCUUCUGGUAGUCCUCGGCUGACAGAGGUAUGUUGAGGAGUCUGUGAAUUAAAAAAAACUCUAUAGCACUAUUAAACUACACAAACCAGAAAAAAGUAUAAGACCGAUCACCUCUGCCAUAUCAUCGCCUAGCCAUAAAAUUUCCAAAUUUAUUAAUAACUUUUUCACGAAUAAACUUAAAUAUCGGUCGGCAUAUUCAAUUAAAAAUUCUAUAGAAUUGGUUAGAAACAUUGAGUCAUUGAAACUAGAACCUAACAAAAGCUACAAACUUUUAUCAUUCGAUAUCAUAAAUCUCUAUACCAACGUUCCCAUCAGUGACUCGCUGUCUCUGAUCGAAGAACAACUGAUGAAACAUUACAGUACGGACAACUUCCUGAAUCUGGAUACAGCCGAUGUUAUGAACCUAUUGAAGUUAUGUUAUCUGAUAACAGAACAGAACUUCUUCAUUUUUGAUGACGUCAUAUACACGAUGAAAGAUGUUAUCAGUGGAUCACAUAUAUGAUUAUACAUUACGGAAUUCAUAAUAAUUCCAUACAAAUAAAUAUACAAAUAAAUAAGAAUCAGUCGAAUAACAAAAAAACAGAACGCGUUAUAAAAUCAUAAACAGGGUGUUUAAAAUUCAGUAUCAAGAUUUCGCUGAUGAAUUCUAACUUAUGAAAGAAUUCUAUAUUUGGUUCAUAAUUGUUUUUGUUCCUUUUAAUUUUCACGCAUCUGCGAUCGUUAUCGAGUAAAAGGUAAAACUAUUUUUUCAUGACAUGAACAUGAAAUCAAUACCUAACGAACCUAAAUUUCAAAAGGAUGGGUUUUUUUAGUAGGAAUAAGGACAACCACUAAAGAACUUUCUCAAAUUAUGUUUGGCGACUUUCAGCAGAUUUUUAUCUGCUUCCUCAGGCCUACAAAAACACCAAAGAUAACAGAAAUAUACAAAACAUAAACUGUAAAAUUUUACAUUUAUAAAUUUUAAGUUCUUUUGAACACAAUCAGAAGCUAACUUAAUCUCCAAUUAUAAAAUCUUACAAUAUCUACGCACACCAAAAACUUUUUUUGAUGUGCGUAGAUAUUGUAAGAUUUUCUAAUUGGAGAUUGUUGAUAGCAAACAAUUUACAUUAUAUUUAACACUAUAACAUAUUCAACGCUAUAAUCCAUUAUUUUCGGUUAUAUUUUUUUCAUCACAGAAAACAUCCAUCGGUUUUGGCCAAUUUAUUUUGGUUACACUUCUCGUCCAGUUCAGAUAGUUUUCUCCUUUAGAUCCUAGUCCGAUAACUAAUAAUUAUAUAUGCCUCAAUAUCUAUAACCUCAAAAUUCUGCGUGAUAGACAUGUUUAACGUUAUAAUAUUCGUAUAAGCGAUAGAUCGAAAUCUCUAUAUUAGUAUUUUUGGUUUGUGUGAUUAGAUAAACAAUAUUCUCUAUUACAAAUUCUACAAACUAUAAAAAUGAGAUAACGUCCAAUCAACAAAAACUCUUUUUUUUCACGCAUUCAUUUGAAAAACAAACAAAAUGGCGCCACGUAACGACAACAAUGCAGAAAAUGCUUGUAAAAAGUGCAGUAAGGAAGUGAAAAUUUGUGUGACCUGUUAUUCGUGCGAAAGUAAAUAUCACCCUAGCUGUAUCCUUAAAAUAAAUGGAAUUUAUGUCGACAGUGGAAAGGUGCUGUGUUGUGAUGACAUAACCUCCAAAUUAAUUGAAUAUAGAAAGAUGGAACAAGAACUCCAAAAAGCGAAAUCUCGUUUAGUAAGUCUGAAUCAACUAUGUUUUGAACAAUCCAUGAGUCAAACAAAUAUGAUUGAAGAUGGAAGCAUUGCGAUACAAGAAGACUGUAAUGAGGACAUGCCAAAAAAAAUUGAAAUAGAAUCAACAGAUACAAUAACAACAGGUGAAAUGAAUGAAGAAUUACGAGACAAAAUAAAGGUUCUGAAUAAAUAUAUAUCGUUAUUAGAAAAGGUUGACAAAAACGAGACUUCACUAGUGCCAUCUCCAAGGGAAACAUCUAAUCCUACAGAUAACUGUAAUCAUAAAUUUAAGAAGAGUAAAAUGCCAUCUGAUGCACCCACAUCUGCAGAUAAUGAGAUUUCAAUUAAGAAAACUGCGUCGACCCCACUAUCAACAGCGGUGAUAACAUAUGCAGAUAAGACGAAGACAAUGAAGAAAUCUGUAUUGACUCCAAUAUCAACAGCGGUGACAACUCCUAGAAGAACGGAUGAUGGAAAUAAAUGGACAAUCCCUGAAAAGAAAAGAAAAAUCAAGCAAGGAACGGAUGAAGGCGCCUACUCACUGAAAGCUGCUGAUCGCAUGGCCUGGUUGUAUGUCGGACGGGUGAGUAAGAAUUGUACCGAGGAAGACCUUCUCGAAUUCUUGAGAAAAAAACAGCCUCACAGAAAAUUCGAAGUUCAGAAAAUAUCAAAACCUGAGAGCCCCAAUACAUCAUUCAAGGUGGGCUUCGACUUCGAGUUAAUAGAAGAUCUGAAUAAGGAAACAUUUUGGCCUCGAGGAAUAAUAAUAAAGAAAUACCGUUUUUUUCGAGAACAAGGACAAUUCAAAGAAGCUAGAAGAUCACCCUCUCAAUUUGCUCAAUGUUAACGUCAGAUCUAUUAAUGAGAAAAUUGAACAACUACAGGAACUUAGUUCGUGUUGUACGAUUGCAAACAUCAACGUACAGUCACUGACGAAUAAAAUUGACGAUUUUAUAUU